UGAGAUUGAAAAAUACUGCCUGACAAUGGGAAAAUGGGAACUACAUGUUUUUGGCACAACAGGAACUUCAUUACCUGUUAUUAUGAAGAAUUUAUUAUAUAAUUUGAUGUUUUAAAGUCUUCUUGCGUACAUUGUGUUUUUCUGAAAUGACAUUUUGGUGAAAUAAAAUGUGUGCAAUAUUUACGACAUAAAACAGUGUGUUCACUUAUUCACUCAUAGGACAAAUAUUGCAAAAUAAUUUGAAAAAUUUCUAUUAUUGUUGUUGAAGAAUGAAUCAUUAUUAUGAUGCUAAUAUCAUCCUUAAUAUAAGGAAAUUGCAUUUAUACCUUAAGCUCAUCAUGGUGUUUCUUCUGAGUGCACAGCGCCGUUUUUCCUGCAGAGGGCGGUAGUGAAUCCGAUUCAACACCAAUCCAUUGCAAUCCCCAUAGCGUCCGACAUCUUUCCAUUUCCGGUUGAUAAGUAGUAUUCUUACUAGGCAGCAGUCGUGCUAAUGUUUACAAAUUAACAUCGUUUAAGAUGGAGAACGUGAGACUUCAGGGUUUUAGGACGUUUUUGACUGAACACUUCACCGCGCUGGCCGUGGAGGUGUUCGGUGAGGUUGAGAGCAUGAUGGAGGCUUGCUACGAAGAAAACAAACGACUCAGGAACAUGCUGCACAUGGUGCUGACCCCUGAAAUAAAGUUAACCAGAAUAGAUGCUAAUUUGUACAGAGAAACACCCCAAAUUACUGGAAAGCAACUUUUGGAGCAAAACACAACACUGGGCUUUGAAACUGCAGAGCCGUUGAAUAAAAGACCUAAAGAAGAGACGAUUGAAUAUGAAAUUAGCUAUGAGACGGAACAACAACAAUGGCCGGCAGAAGAGGAAAACGCCUUUCUAGUUACCGUAAAAGAUGAUCCAGAAGAUGAAGAGGGAAAAACAACCUGCGUCACAGAGACGCCCAGAGAAGCGGCUGUGCAGCAGCAGGACUCUUCUGCCACCAUCUCGGCUUACGACAAUUUGAGCGAACAGGAAGGCUGGUCGUCCCCGGGGUCAGAUGAAGCUGCACAUGCACCAUUGCAAGUAAACAAAGACGGAAUGAAUGUCAACCAGCAAAUAAAUCCUGAAACUACAAGUAAAAAUGAGUCAAAGUUCUCCCAACAGAAGACAAUACUACAAAUGCCAAGGAUGAUGCUCCCCAAGUCUCUUACGCUUUCCCGAGAUGACCAACAGUCCUUUAUAGACAGGCUUACUGAAGCGUUUAGUGAUUUCCCUGACGACCAGAAGCCCCUGAUAACCACAGUGGGCCUAAAACUUGAUGGGGAAUGGACAGAGUGUGCUUUCGGUGAAGUCCCUAAAGGCUCCCCCAUUUCCUACCAAUGCCCGCUGCCAUCCAGUCAGGAUUUCAAGCCUCAUUACGAUGCCCCCUCUCAACCGUUGCUUCCCCUGUCCCAUCACACGCUGGAGCCAGAGACCGUCUUUCCUACGCUCAGUGCUCAAGAGCAGACAUUCGUAAAUGCCAUGAAUGUCACCUGGGAGGAAGCGCACAGCCUGGAGGAAAGCACCAGAGGAAAUAUGGAGGCUGCAGAUCAGCAACUGAAGAUGCGUCUCACCGGCCGAUUUAGAGACAUCUGCAACCUGAAGCCAGGACGGAGCCACGCAGAACACCUCCUGUUCAAGAUUCAGAAAGGAAAGCCGCGGUGCAAGACUGCGCAGAUCGACGUGGAAAUGAAGCCGGAAGCUCUUCGGGAAUACUGCCGGCAUUUGUGCGUCAACUGGUCGCCUUGCGGUUUGGUUGUCCACCCAAAUGCGCCGUGGUUGGGAGCGAUGCCUGACGGGUUGGUGUACGACCCCAAAGAGACAAGCAGCUUUGGGCUGGUGCACGUCCAGUUCCUCAACGUCAAGAGCUUCAUAGAGUGUUCAUUUCUGGCCUGUAAGAACGGAGCGUUGCUGGUAAAGAGAGCCCACCGCCAUUACUGGCACGUGCAAGGAGAGAUGCUGGUGACGGGCACGCCAUGGUGUGAUCUAGUGCUGUACGCCAGGGAAGACAUGCUGGUCCAGCGGAUCUACCGCGAUGAGGUUUUCAUCAAACUGAUGAAAAAGAAGCUGGAAGAAUUCUUCUUCUAUCAUUAUCUGCCUAACCUGAUUUAAGUUUGAUGUGACAAAAUGAAUCUUAUGUUUGCAGCAUCUCAGGGCUUUUGUUGGACAGACGUUUUUCACUACAACUUCAAAGUAUAUCAAGUAAUCUAUCCCCGAAUGGCAAUGGAAAUGUUAUUACAUCAUAUGUGAUUAAAAGGCUUUGAGUCUAAAGCGAUAUUCACAGUAAGCUGUGGUUUGGCCAAAUCACAAACAAGAUAUUUCUAUUCAGCUAAGCCGAUUUAGGAGGAGUAGCUCAAUUUUGCCUGUUCUAGUGAAUAUUUGAAAAGCUGUGGUGAGAAAUAAAAAUAUUGUACACAGUUCUCUGUAGGCCUUUUGUUACCAUGUUGCGUAUUAAUUUCAGGAGCUGUAACUCUAAAACCAGUGUUGUUUCAGGUACUGGUUACUUUGUUUUUGGCAGAUUAAAAAUUGUUGUCUUUUCAAACUGACCAUCCGGGGAAGCGGGGGGAAGUUUGUAUUUCUUUUCUUUUCUUUUUUUUUACUUUCAAAAUUUGCUAAAAUUCAGAAGAAAAUAAAUAAACAUUUGUUUCGUGAUUAAUUUUCUCAAUUUUUGGAAGUUGGAUUGUUCAGAAUUAAAGUUGCUUUUAAAUCUUGUAUUAUUUCUCAUCAGUCUAAUGGCUCA